AUGUUGAAAAUAAAAAUUUGUAAUACCGCAAAACGUUUCCAAAACUGUUGUCGCUGUUGUUUAACUCAUGAACGAACUCUGAUCUCUGUCCAUUGUGCUUCCUCUCACAAUGAUGACAAAACUUUAAGUGAUUACUGGGAUAUGCUAUUUGGACAUCAUGUCGAUCAUGCCACCAACAUCGUCUUUCCCGCCUACAUUUGCCUUCGCUGCAGCAAAGCCUUGGAGAUAGCCUAUCAUUUCAUGAAUAUGACCUUGGAGAGAAGAAAAGAACUGGAGGAGAGAUUACAAACCUCUAGCGGGAUAAUUGAGGUUUUUGAAGAAGAAGAAGAAGAUGAUGAAGUGAGCUAUACCGAAACUAAAAUUGUAAGUAGAGUGGAGGUAAAAGAGCUUGGAAGUUUGGAGGAGAUGGAGAAUGGCCACGAAGAGGAAUUUGCUUAUGAACAAGACUUGGAGACGGUGUUGAAUGACCCAGCAGAUCUAGAGUAUGAUAACAAAAACGAGUCGGAACAACAAGAAGAUAUAACUGACCUGACUAUACAAAAGGUAGCUGAGCCACAGGUUAUAAGAUCUUAUAACUGCUGUUAUUGCCUGGAAACUUUUGAAUGUCAUGAGUUUUUAAUAGAACAUACCCAAAGCAUCCACAAAAAAAUGAUUCCCUUUAAGUGUCAGAUGUGUAGGUACUAUACCUGUUUCAUGGAAAGCCUACGCAAACAUUAUAAAGCCUACCAUAAAUUGGAUGAUCUGGAAAAUCGUUUGUAUCAAACCAAAGAACUUCUGGCUAUAUCUGCUGAGUUAGAACCUCCACAAGAAAUGACUUUUAGGUGUGCAGAAUGUGAAUAUCAGACCCAUUCACCAACAGAAAUUGAUAAUCAUUUGGCUAUGGAACACGAUUUGUAUGAAGACGCAAAAGAAAAAUAUACUAUUACCUAUUAUAAUUGUCCUUUAUGCUAUCGCCACUUUUACGAUAAGACUUCACUGAAGAUUCACAUUUCUACUACUCACAAUUCCCAGCCAGUUCAAAACGUCAUGGAACAUAAAUGUGACAAGUGUGGUAAAUGUUUUCUCCGCAAGUCUGGCCUGGUGCUCCAUGAACGUUACUGCGAUUUGGCUGAACCCUCCCAGUGCAACUUUUGCAGUUUAAAAUUUUCUUCGGUCUUAAAAUAUGAGCAACACUUGAAGGCGGAACAUGGCGUGGCUAUUAAAUAUGAAUGUGAAAUAUGUCACAAAACCUUUAAAACUGCUGCCUAUUUAUCGGUGCACAGAAGGAGACACAAUGAGCGUUACUACCAUUGCAAUAUGUGCCCAAAUACCUAUAUAAACAAUGCUGAGCUUAAAGUGCAUUUGCAACGAAAUCAUGCCCCUAAAAAUGCCAAAAUUUGUUCUCUAUGCAAGAAGAGUUUUGGACAAAUCUUUCAGUUGAGAGAGCAUAUAAAAAUGGAGCAUAAAAGGCAUCAUGAAUCCUACAAAUGCAAGUUUUGUAACUAUACAUCCAAUUCGAAAUUUGCCUUAGAAGUGCAUCAGUACCGCCACACGGGGAAGCCUUAUAGAUGUAAAUUUUGUACUAAACAGUAUGUGUUGAGGAAGGACCUUAAAAUGCAUUGCAGAAAAAUCCAUGAUUAUGAGCUCAAGGAGGAAGAGCUGGCCUCUAUGUUUUUUGAUAAACACGGCUAUACAAGCCGUGUCGAUGCUUUCUCGAAGCAAAAUAAUAAUUUGGAAAUUGAUGUUAUCAAUGAAAAGGAUUUGGCUAUGGAGCUAAAGGAGUUUAAUUUAACAUUUGAUGACAUCAUCGAAGAUUUGUUCAACUGCAAAUAAUUUGAAUUUAAUUUUUUUUCUUCUUUUUUUCGUUUUUUAUUUACUUCUUUAUA